UCUACAGAAUGAUGGCGGUCUGAGCAGCUGGAGUUGUACUGAUCUGAUGUGAUCAGCGUAGAGACACAAGACUGUGAGAUCUGCUCGAUGUUGUGACAUGGAUUUAAAGGGCAGGAGAGAAUAGUGAGAUUAGUGCCCGGUUUUGUUUUGCUAUGGCGCCAUUUGGUGCUUUAAUGUUUUAUUACUAGGAGCAGUUCAGGUGUUUCUUCUAACGUGAACAAAAAAAAAAAAAUACACAAGUAUUCCGGUUAAGACCUGAAUGAGAUCAAGGUUUGGGGUCGUGAGUGUUUCUCCGCCCCCCCUUCACCACCACACUGUGGUAUGCAACAAAAUCUGUCAGUAGUAAUUACCAUGGAAACGAUUCCUCUCUUCUUCAGGUUUUCUGCUCACUUCUGUUUCACCUUACAUGUGCAUCAGAUUGUAUUCAUGUUCAGUAACCACCCCGACGUCCAUUCAUUUGUGUGUACACUACUACUGCUGCUACAAGUUUCCUCUCUGAAGAGUACAACUCUGAUGGGUUCACACCAGCUCAGUGUUAGUCAGUCUCACAAACUGACAGCGUGUUGAAUUUUUCCGUCUUGUUUUGUUUACUGAAACAGUCUGGCUGUUCUCUGUGAAUCUUGAUAGAUUUUACUCUGCGGUUAUUACAACAGCAAUACCUGCUGCAGAUACUUGAUAGAAGUCUCAAAUCAGAUGAAAGUAGUAUUUAUAAAACCUCUUGAACUUUUGAUCUCUGAUGAUUUGUUUGCAGCAAAAGUAAACCAUUUAGAAGACAAAGAAGAAACCUUAAUUUGUCACAUGCACACUUCAAGCACCUCUGCAUUUAACCCAUAUGAAGCAGUGAACACAUGUGCGCACGCACCCAGAGCGGUGGGCAGCCACACUACGGUGCCCUGGGAGCAGUCAGGGGUUAAGUACCUUGCUCAAGGGCACUUCAGCCCAAGGCUGCCUCACGUGCGUGUCUUUGAAGUGUGGGGGAAACCUACGUGGACAACAUGCAAACUCUACACAGAAAGGUGGCUGCUGGGCUCGAACCCAGGACCUUCUUGCUGUGAGGCGACAGUGCUAACCACUACACCACUGUGCUGCCAAAUUUGAUGUGUGCAUGAAUCACUGGUUCAGACUGCUUGUUUUGUUUUGGAUUUUUGAGGGUCCACGAUGGGGAAGAAAGCACGGAACAACAGGAUCCCCGCACUGCAACGGGCGCCCUCUCCUAUCAAACCGUCUCCGAACAGGGAGACCCUGACAUACGCACAAGCCCAACGCAUGGUAGAGCUGGAGGUCGAUGGCCGCAUCCACCGGAUCAGCAUCUUCGACAAGCUCGAUGUCAUCACCGAUGACGACCCUGUGGCUCAGGAGAUCAUGGAAUGCACCAGCAAUAAGGAGAACAGAGAGAAACCUCAGCAGGCCCCGUUGCGGUCAGCGCGUCUCAAAAACAACCGUCUGAAAAAGAACGCUGCUGUGACCACGCAAGGGGCUCAGGCAUCAUCCUGCACCCUGCCUGAACCAAAAUUCUGCACCGUGGAGUAUAACCUACCAGCGGUGCCACGAAGACCUCAGGCGUAUUACAGCUACGAAGAGAAAACUCCAGAGGAGCUAGAUGAGGAAGUGGAAUACGACAUGGAUGAGGAGGACUACGCCUGGCUGGAGCUGGUCAACGAAAAGAGACGGAGUGACGGCUUCAGCCAGGUGUCUCCCAAUGUCUUCGAGUUCCUUGUGGACCGUUUUGAGAAGGAGUCGUUCUUAGAGAGUGAGGGUCAGCAGGAUCCACAGUCGCUGGUGGACGAGGACGCAGUAUGCUGCAUCUGUAUGGACGGAGAAUGUCAGGACAGCAACGCCAUCCUUUUCUGCGACAUGUGUAAUCUCGCAGUGCAUCAGGAGUGUUACGGAGUUCCUUACAUCCCUGAAGGCCAGUGGUUGUGCCGCCACUGCCUGCAGUCUCCAAAACAGCCCGCCGAGUGCAUCCUCUGCCCCAACAAGGGUGGCGCCGUGAAGAAGACUGAGGAUGACCGCUGGGGCCAUGUGGUCUGUGCUCUGUGGGUGCCUGAGGUUGGCUUCUCUAACACGGUCUUCAUCGAGCCCAUCGACGGCGUAGCCAACAUUCCACCCGCCCGCUGGAAACUCACCUGCUACCUCUGUAAGGAGAAAGGCAUCGGCGCCUGCAUCCAGUGCCACAAGGCCAACUGCUACACCGCCUUCCACGUCAGCUGUGCACAGAAAGCUGGCUUAUUCUUGAAGAUGGAGCCCGUUAAAGAGACUAACGAUUCGGGCAGUGCUACCUUCACUGUGAAGAAGACAGCCUACUGCGGAGCCCACACCCCCAACGGGUGCAUCAAGAGGCCUCUCGCUAUAUACGACGACCCCAAAAACAAGAACGGACUCUGUCGGACACCGAAGAAGAAAAUGAGUCUGACAAAAAAGCAGAAGAACAAAAAGAACAAAAAGAGUGUAGAGUCUGUAGCAGCAGUCCCAGCUAUGACUGUUUGUAGUUUUCCACCUCAUCGGUUGGACUCGAUCCUCAGUCAAGUUUCUCUGCAGAGAAAGAAGGUAUUUGUCGAGCUGGUCUUGAACUACUGGACCCUGAAGAGACAAUCGCGCAACGGGCUGCCGCUGAUCAGACGACUGCACUCCAGCUUACAGUCUCAGAAAAGUGCCCAGCCUAGGCACAGCGAAGAGGAGAGCCGGGCGCUGAAGGAGCAGCUGAAGGAGUGGCACCGUUUGAGGCAUGACCUCGAGAGAGCCAGGCUAUUGCUGGAGCUUAUCAGGAAGAGAGAGAAACUCAAGAGAGAAGAGAUGAAACUGCAGCAGUCGAUUUUAGAAGUGCAGCUCUCCCCGUUAAACAUUUUGUUGCUGGCAGUGUUGGACCAGCUGCAGGAAAAAGACCAGGCCAAGAUCUUUGCACAGCCAGUUAGCAUCGAGGAGGUACCUGAUUACCUGGACCACAUUAAGCACCCCAUGGACUUCUCCACCAUGAGGAAACGUAUAGAUGGACAGGCUUACGGUAGUCUGGACGACUUCGAGGCCGAUUUCGAUCUCAUCAUUGCAAACUGUAUGAAAUACAAUGCCAAGGACACAUAUUUUUACCGUGCGGCUGCCAGACUGAGGGACCAGGGAGGAGUUUUGCUCAGGAAGGCACGCCGCCAUGCAGAACGCAUCGGCUUCGAACCAGGCACAGGCAUGCACACGUGUGAACCACCCAAGGUCGAGGCACCUCCUCCUUUCUCUUGGGAAGAUGUGGACCGGCUGCUGAUCCCCGCCAACAGGCAGCACAUGUCUCUUGAGGAGCAGCUAAAGGAGCUUCUGGAGAAGCUGGAUCUGACCACGGCCAUGAAGACGAGUCCUUCACGCAGUAAACGGCUGAAGCUGCUGAAGAAGACCAUCAGUGACGUGAGGAUGGAAAUGAGCCUAAGAAGCACUUUGCCUCACUCCUCUGAACACGGAAGACCAGCAGAGGAGCCAGUAGCAGAGCCCAGCCCAGCUGAGGAAGGAGAUAAAUCGGCCCCUCCAAAGCUGGAGCCGUCAGAUUCUCAGCCCCCUGUCAUCCGAUCAGACAGCCCGUCGGAGCCGCCCACGCUGAACCCUGUGGAGCUUACCUCAGAGCAACAUCGGCUUGGAAAGCCUGAGCGCACAGAGACGCUGAACGGACUCACCCGGGAUCGGUUACUGAUGGACAAUGCUGAUGUCAGUGUGGUGGCUACGUCCACCGUUGCUGAACGCUCGGCUCCUGUAAACAGGCGCACAUCGGUGCUUUUCCGUAAGUCCAAAAACUCAAGCCCUCAGAAGGCCACGGGAGGAGAUGAAGCCCAAAUAGGCACCAAGACCAUCCUGUCAGUAGUGAUCCCCCGGCUGGAGACCCUGCUUCACACCAGGAAGAGGACGCGUAGUGCUAGCCGGGGUAGUGAACGCGAAGAGGAGAUGUCUUCCAAGCGCCCUGGUCUGUCGAACGGCUUUGUUCUGGAGAAGCAGAAGGCAUCGAGUCCCAGCAGGCAGCAGGAGCCUCGUCGCAGGUGCGCCUCAGAAUCCAGCAUUUCCUCCAGUAGCAGUCUGCUGGGUAACAGGAUGGUAAUAUCCACAUGGCUUUUGCUCAGGCUCGCACACACGCAGACAGACGUGAAUAGACGGGCAGACGGAAGGACGGACAUGUGCGCACGUGGCCCGACAGACAGACGCGCAAAUAGACAUCUGUUGAGGAAAACUUCAGACAACGCCCAGCCCUGCAAAUCUAACAGUAAGCUUUCCCUCAGAAGCGCUCCUCUGGGUUUCCCAAAGUGUGGAAAGGGGAAGCCGGCUCUCGUGCGCAGGAACACCACGGACGACAAAAGUGAGCUCAUUGCGUGUAUCGAGACCGGAAACUUUACCAAAGCUGCUAGACUCGCUGCUGAAGUUGGGAACAGCAGUUUGUGGAUGCCUUCUAAUGCUGCAACAGUUGUUCUGGAACCACUAAAACUAGUUUGGGCAAAAUGUAGUGGAUAUCCGUCCUACCCUGCCUUGAUAAUCGACCCUCACAUGCCUCGGGUGGGCUGCAAUCACAACGGGGUGUCCAUACCAAUCCCGCCACUGGAUGUGCUCCGCAUUGGAGAGCAAAUGCAGUACAAGUCCGAAGAGAAGCUCUACCUCGUCCUUUUCUUCGACAACAAACGCAGCUGGCAAUGGCUUCCUAAAUCCAAAAUGGUUCCUCUCGGAAUCGACAAAACCGUCGACAAGAUCAAAAUGAUGGAGGGCCGCACCUCAGCCAUCCGUAAGGCUGUUCAGAUCGCCUUCACGCGGGCCAUGAACCACCUGAGCCGAGUGCAGGACGAGCCGAACAACGAUCUCAGUGACGUUGACUAACAGCAGAGACCACGGAGCACAUGGGUGGACUGUAAAGCCUUAGUAUUCUCCAUGCCUUGCUCAGAUCUUCAGUUGUCUGCUGCCAAACCUCUUUUUCUUCCUCCUCGUUAUAAGAAAGUUGCUCUGGCGACUGCUGCUUUGAUGACUGUGUGUGCAUGAAUGCAUUUGAUCGUCUCUCCUUCACUGUGCCAGGCGCUUGCUGCCACCUUCACUGCCACUCACCUUCAUUUCCACCUGAAGUUCUCAUUUCCACUCACAAAAGUGUUCAUUUAUUCUACGAACUCUGUAAAUAACUGUAAAUGGCUUCAUCCUAACUUAUUCUGUAGAGUUGCCGCACUGGGUACUGUACAUUUGGUUUCUUUUUUUGUAGUAUUUAUAUAAUAAAUUUUUUUUUUUUUGGUGGUGAAUUACCUUUAGCAUCUUGGCGUCUUCCUCACUGAUGCAGAAGAAAAAAGUUCAAGCAGGAAAGGACGCUUGAUCAGGGCUUAAAUAAUGUGAGAAUUUUUUCCCCCUUUUCUUUUUUUAUCAUUUAAAUUAUUGAGGUUUAUAUGCAUAAACUUCUUUUUUGGUAUUAUGUCUUUUGUACCCAAUAAUGUUUUUAUAACAGUUUUAGCCUAUUUUGUUGUGAUAUAUUUAUAUAAGUAAAUAUAUAUCUGUAUUCUUUAGAUGCUCACACAAAUUACUGUUAUGGAAACUGAAAGUGUGUUGUUCUCAUGAAACCAAAAGAAAAAAAAAAUGCUGCCCAGACCAUUUUUUUUUUUAAAUUGUUUUUACAUUUUGUUUGUGUUGUUUAAACAGCCUUGUCUACACUGUAAUUUUUUUUGUGUAUGUUAUGUAUUGGUUGUGUAUUUGGGACCUUCAUGAUGUAGUUGAAUGAUGUGGCCAUGUUAAAUUAUUGGGAUGGGGGGAUAUGAUGAUGAUGAUGAUGAUUGAUGAAUAGAGAUGAAUCUGUUUUAGUUGGCACAUUCCAUUGGCUCUCUGAUAGCCUUUAUAUAAAUACUGUUAGAUAUGACUAGUGAAAUAACCCAUUACAGUCAUUUAGUUAUUCUCUGGGUAGCAAAGGGUAGAUAUAAGGUUGGAUACUUUUUAUACAUUAUAGAUUUUUUUUAUUGGAUAACAGAAUGGUUGCUGGGAUUUUUUUUUUAUAGAUAAUAAAAAAAUGACUAAACUAAAUAA